AUGUCGUCGCCUUUCAUCGGGCUAGACGUCAAGCUCACGCUCCAUUCCCAGCCAGACACGCAUCUACACGCAAAGAUUCUGUCCAUCGACCAAGCUGCCAACACACUCACUGUCGAAAGGCAAGAUGGAACCCAAGCUGUGCUCAAGCGCACCGACAUUGCCAGCCUUGCUGCGUCCAAACCUGCAGCGACUGCAUCGAAACAUCCCUCCUCAGCACAUUCAAGCACAGACACGGCAGCGCCAACAAAGCCACAGGGCAAGCAGAAGAAGCAGCAGCAAUCAGUAGAUGCUUCUUCUACAACCAAGCCAGCACCACCUCAGCCCCAGUCACAAACGCCAGCAGACCCUGCUAUCAUGUCUCUGACUCGCUCGAAUGAUUCUCACACUGUCAUUGCGGACCAUCACCCUGCUGCGCUCCUUCGAGCACCUCUGCACGGCUCAGAUCCAGCAGGCUCGCGCUCGUCUACACCCUCACGCUCUCCCAGACCCAAACAUGCUGCCACCGCAGUGCCCACACCCAAGUCAUCAAAGAAGAAGAACCCUGUCGCCACUUCUUCUCGCAGUGGUAGCCCUGCCAUCCCGAAUGCCUCCCUCUCAGAGGACUUUGAUUUCACUGCUGGCCUCAAAGCUUUUGACAAGAAGAAGAUCUGGGAUGACAUUCGGGCUUCCGACGACACGGAUCCUGCUGCUCUUCUCGUUUCUCACAAUCGCAUCGCGAAUGGCGCUCCAGAUCUCGUGCGCGGUCCCAAUGGCGUAGGACCUGCCAACUCGUAUUCGACACCGGAUCGUGGUAGGAGCAACGUCAAGGAUGGACAGCAAAAGCUGCGUCCUAAUGAAAUGGUAUGCAGCCCUUCUCCCGAGCGAGCGUCCUCGCCGACUCCAGCUGCACCAGCUGUGCCGAACGCAGUGGUACAAGCGCCACAGUCCGCAGCGACAGCUUCUUUGAACGCUGGCAAACCAACCUACGAACAACUGGAAGACCGCAUCAGGAAGUUGGAGGCCGAGUUGGCCCUUGCCAGGAGACGCAAUGUGCUGCUCGAGGAGCUGGCUGGUCUCGGUCUUGGCACCCGUGUCGAUGCAGUUUCGGACCAUGCAUCGUCGCCCUCUGUCUCCUCCCCGUCUCAGCCUGGUACAAAGAGCACCAAAUCUGUCGCUCCACCGGCAACAGAUCCUGCCGAGCCAGCUGUCGAGGAAACGCAGAAGAGCCUCUCCGCCUUGUCUCUGCAGUCCGACGCUCAUCCAUCCAAAGCUCACCAGUCGACGCCAGCAAUGCUCUCUAGUGCACUUCCUGCAGCAGGAUUUGCAGUUUCGGCCGAGUCUCGAUCUCAACAAUCCACGCCUGCUCCUGCCACCCCGACCUCUACCUCAACGGCACCUAUUCCUGAAACAAAAGACGCAGAAACUGAUAAGGAAGAGCCAUUGUUCGGACACAUCGUGGACCCUCCCGUCUUGACGCUACUGUUCCCUACCGCCGCCAUCCAACACUCCGCUCUUGCGCGUAUGGAAGCAUUCUACGAGUCCGACUCUAACGCCAAACAGUAUCUCAGCUUGCAAGAAGCAGCCGACGAGCGUAUCUGUCGCAACUACCAGGGCUUCAACUUUCCUCUCCGUCAAGGUGUCCACGAAUGGCUCGAUGCCAUGUUCGAGGCUACAAACAGCGAUGAAGAGUUGUCCAAGUGGUGGAUUCCACAUUGUUCCGCUGAAGAGAACCAGCUUCUCGAGGUUCUUGUCACUCUCGGCGCCAUUUCUCCGUAUGAAGGUGCAUCGUCCCGCAAUGACGCAGAGAGCGGUAGCAUCAGCUACAUCAUCUCGUGUGUCGCCUCGCAAGCCCAUUCGACUCUGCCGCACGAACUGCUCCAUGCGCUCUACUUCCUCUCCGCCCCAUAUCGAUCUUUCGUCACUCGUCAGUGGGACUCGCUGUCAGCGGCAAGCAAGAAGGUCAUCGAAACGGAUCUCGGUCUGCGCAAGUAUUCACCCUCGGUGUUUCAGGAUGAGUUUCAAGCCUACCUCGCCGAAGGGCUGGGCACGGAGAAGGAGUUCGGUAAUAAGCCGGCGGCUGAGUGUCAGGACAUCGCAGUGCAGCUGAGAGAGCACGUGGCGAAAGAGUGGAAGAAGUUGGGCAUGGAUUUGGAGAGCGGCAAGCAGCAGGAGGCGUGGGAAGAGGUCAAGUGGCAGACGUUGGAUAGGUAUGCUGCUGUGCAGAAGGCGAGUAGGAAAGCGAAUGGGCAGGGAAAGAGUGGCAAGGGUGGAAAGAAGGGUAAGAAGUGA